UCUCUCACAGAACCACUGUGCUUAAAAAUGAAUCUCAAUGUUUGGAACAUCAAAGACAUGUUCAGCAUUCCUCCAGGAGCGGGGAUUAACAAGUCUGCAACCCGGAAUGCUACGCAAAGUGAUCAUUCGAGCCUCAGUGAUUCCCAGUUCCUCUUCAGUUCACAGUUUUGCCCUGAUAGCUCUCAGCAGGGAUCCAUGGAUUAUACCACAGAGACAAAGUAUCAGAAAAACUCCAAUCAAAAUUCUCAAGAUAGUGAACCAAGCAUAUUUCAGAAAUACCAGGCAAAACCUCCUUUGUGCAGCAGUGAUUCCAAAGAAAAGAGCGCUUUUCAUCAUUUUAGGCCAACAAACGCCAAAGAUAUUAUAGAACAAUUUGAAGAAAGCAAAAAAAGAGCGAAAGAAAAAUACGAAAGUGAACAGUUAAAUCAGUUGAUUUGCAACAUUCAAGGAACCUUACAAGAUCUCAAAGUACCAUUUUUUAAUAUAGAGGAAAAUACAAAUUUAAGAUGUCAGUCAAUAUUGGAUAGUAUUUAUGCUCUUUCUAAAGCAUUAGAGGAAAAAAUAUCAACUUCCCAUGAAUCCAUCUUAAAAUUAAUGCCCCGGAAAUCUGAUUUGGAACAAGCAAUGUUGAACUUGGAAAAGAAAAUACAGUUAAAAGAUGCAGAAAUGACAGAUUUAAAAGUGAACAUACAACUGCUUUUAUCAGCCUUGGAUAUGAUGAAGUCACAGCAAAAUGAGAAGCAUCUGGAGUUAUCAGAGAAACUAACACAGUUGUCAGGUUCCAUGCAGUCAUUGGAAGGUAGAAUAUUAAGUGAAAUCCAAAACAAAAAAUUAGUUUCCGAGCCGGCCUGUAGUUUGAGAGAAAAAACUACACAAACUUCCCCCAUAAGUGUUCAAGACCUGUCUGUCAAAGAACAUAUAACAACACAAUGUAAAACCAGAGGCAUGAGUCCAGAUGGGCCUACUCCUUCACCAACUAAUGCCCCCUGCACAUGUGGUGGAAUUAGCAUUACCUCUUCUGUGCAGCACAGAGGAAAUCCUUGUGUUACAGAAGUAAAAGGUAGAGAAACCUUCAAUGUAACAUCUGCAGGGAGUGCCAGGGAUUCUUUAGCUGAUGUAAAUAUUUCGAACGAUCAAAGAAGAUGGAAGAAUGCAAUAACUAUGGAUGAUAGAGCUGUAACAUCUGCACAUAAUCUCCAACAUUUAUGUCAAGAUGAUAGCUACAUGCAGAAUGACAGCCCAUCUAGAAAUAACAGUCUAAAUAGUGUAAAAGAAAAUCGGGUAAUUGUAACCAGAUCUAAGACCAAAAAUAACAGUUCAAAAAGCCUGAAGAUAAAUAAGCCUAGGAGAGGAAAGAAGAGAACGAAGAAUACCACACAGGUUUCUUCCAACUCAAAACAUGCACCUGGCAGUGAUCCUGUCACUCAAGCAAAUUCUGCCAAAGCGACCCAAGAUUGUAUUAUGCUUUGCUCCCAGAAAUGUGUAUCAUCAAUUUUAGCUGUCACUCCAGCGCCGCUAAGAAGGACACAGAGGAAAAAUAGUUUGAAAUUUUCACUCCUUAGAUCUCAACAAAUAAUAGAACAAUCUGAAAUAAAAGGAGUGGGCUCUGAUGAAGAACGAGAACCUGAACACUGUAAGGCUCCCUCAUGGGACAGCAAUAAUCCACACUGCAGCAAAAGCUUAGAAUGUGAAGAAGAUAAAAUAGUCUGGUUUCUUUCCUCAAGCCCAUUACACAACAAUAGCUUAACACAUUCCAACCAAAAAGGCCAAAAGGAUCUUCUCACUUUGUUUUUUGAUAGCAGUGAUGAUACUGAUUGAACCGAAAAGGUUAUACAGCCAAUUUCUCUCUCGAAAGACCAUUGAAAAGGUUGUGCAGUGAAAACUAGCUUAUCCCCUCUCUACAGGAUAGGAGAAAAGUAGCUGAUCGCAGGGAGUCUGACCAGUGGGACCCCCCUCAAUCUCCGGCACAGCGAUACGGCUCUCCUUCUGCAC